AUGAGAGAAAAUGAACAAAGUAUCAGGAACUGGUGGAGAGGCUGGAAGACAUACUAUGAGCCCAAAGAGGUGGGCUGCAGCGGCUUUGCAGGACGCUCACUCUACAAAGUCCACGACUAUUUGAGCAUUACAAAGGCGGCAAAGAAGAGGGCCAUCCAAUCCAUGAGUGAAGCCACCAGGUGGCUUUGGAUCAAGAGUGCUGAUGCAUGGGCAGUUGCUGCUGGGAUGCAAGUCGGGGCCCGAUCAACCCCAGCUGCGUUGCCUGGGCGAGGGUAUCUGAUGUUGAGAGACCCGAAACACCCGAGGAUCCCAGGUCACAUCGCUGAUGAUGCGUCCCAGCACAUCCAGAAGAUUCCAAAGUGCUUCCUCAUCUUAAAACCCAUGGAGUUCCACGUGACAGUUCGAACCUCGUCGUUGCCUCACGCGGGGACAUACAACAUGGUCUGGCUGUCUUUGGUUGGCACUCAGAGCCAAAGUCAUCCUGUCAGGGUGGAUUCAGCGACGCAGCAUAUUAUUUCCGGCUCUGCUUGGACAAUUGUCAUGAGGACUAAUGAGGAUCUCGGCUCUGUGGUUCUGAUCCGUUUGCGACUUGAGCCCAGGCAUGGGUUCCCUGAUCUGGAUUGGCACUGUCAAGAUGUGCAGUUGCAAAAGAGCUCUGCUGGACAGGAGGUCAUAUGUUUCCCCUGUAAUAGAUGGCUCCGAACUGUAGAUGGCGAUAUUGAGCUCUGCAGUGAGCAAGUUUGUCCCUUGAAUUUGGAGACAGUGCAGAUUUUAAGGGAUUACAGGACCAAGGAGCUGCAAAAUAAACAACAGCAAAUCAGGUGGCGCACGUUCAUUGAUGGAGCUCCUCGUUGUGUGGACGUGGAUGGUCUGCAGCAGCUGGGUCCAAAUCUGUGCUACACCAGACAGAGUCCAGGCAUUGACUUGUUUUAUCUAAAGGGCUUUGCUGACCGAGGGACAUCAUGGAAUAAUCUGCAAGAGCUGGAGAUACUUCUUGCUCAUCAAGGCAGAGACAACUCUGUCGCCAAGUAUGUUCAAGCCCACUGGAGAGAGGAUGCUUUCUUUGGCUAUCAGUGCCUCAAUGGCUGCAAUCCUCUUGUUAUUCGUCAGAUCCACAACAUGCCCUCCAACUUUUCUGUCACACCCGAUAUGCUAAGAGCCUUCCUGCCGGAGGGAUCGAGUCUGGAGGCCGAACUGGAGAGUGGGAGAAUUUAUCUCUUGGAUUAUGAGGUGCUGGAGGAUUUGCCUGCAAAUGUCAUCAAUGAACGCCAGCAUUAUCUGACUGCUCCUCUGUGUCUUCUCUAUUACAAUCAACAGGGGGAGCUAAAGCCCAUUGCUAUUCAGCUUAAACAGACAGCUGGUGAAAACAACCCCGUGUUCCUGCCCUCUGACCCAGAACCCGAUUGGCUGCUUGCUAAGAUUUUCGUCCGCAAUGCUGACUUUCAGUGCCACCAGUUGCUCUCUCACUACCUGCGCACUCACGCUCUGGGGGAGGUGUACUGUGUUGCCACCCUGAGGCAGUUGCCUGAAGUACACCCUAUACACAAGCUCUUAAUGCCUCACAUCAGAACAACUCUGCAGAUAAACAUUCAAGCCAGAGCCUCUCUCCUUGCUGCAAAUGGAGUGUUUGACAAGUCCAUAGCCAGUGGUCUGAAGACUCUUCCAGGACUACUGGCUGGAGGAACUGCACGACUGAGCUACAACUCACUUUGUGUACCAGAUGAUCUCAGAGAAAGAGGGCUGGACAAUCUACCUAACUGCUACUAUGCACAGGAUUCUCUGAGGGUGUGGAACACCCUUCACAGGUUUGUCUCAGGCUGGGUGAGUUUGUAUUACUCCGGUGAUGAGGAGGUCCAGCAGGAUUGUGAGUUGCAGAACUGGAUCAGAGAGAUCUUCACUGAAGGGCUCCUGGGGCGUGCUGAAUCAGGUAUGCCAGCGUCAUUUCAGACCAUGGAAGAAUUGAACAAGUUUGUUACCAUGGUGAUGUUUUGCUGUUCAGCACUGCAUGCUGCUGUCAAUUUCUCUCAGCUGGAUUUCAACAUGUGGAUGCCCAACUGCCCUGCAGCUAUGCCACGCCCACCCCCUAAGUCAAAGGGGUCUGUGAAAGAGGAGGAGCUUCUUUCUUUCCUCCCAGAUGUUAAUGCCACUUGUAGAGUCCUCAUGGUCCUCAGUCAGCUAUCACAGCCUGCUGCUGAUUUUGUUCCCCUGUGUCAGUAUCGUGAGCCUUACUUUAGCACCAGUACCCACCGAAAGUUGCUGGAGGAAGUGCAGAGAGAGCUACAUGUCAUAGCGAACGAAAUCUCACUGAGGAACAGUAACCUGGAGCUGCCUUACCCUUAUCUGUCACCAGACCGCAUUGAGAACAGUGUGGCUAUCUGA